AUGAAUUCGUCAGAAAUGUUUGUCGAUGUUGAAAUGGCUACUAAUAGUGGUGAUGGUGAAAGUAAAAUGUCUGAAAAAGAUUUAAAAAUACUUCAAGCUCAAUUAUCAGCAUAUCAAUUAGAUAAGGAUUUACUUCAACGUGAAAUUGAGAGAUUACAAGAGAAGUCAUUAAAUGCAGAAUUACAAUAUAAACAAAUUAUUUCUACUUGUUGUAAGAUUGAUCUUGAUAAAGUGGAUGAUCUUGUGGAAACGAUAUUAGAAUUUGAUAAUGAUCUUGAGGAUGAGUUUAGUUUAGGAAGAAUAGGAGAAAUAUUAGGUAGAUUGGAUAAGGAGGCUGUGCAAUUGUAA